AUGGAGCACUGCAGCAAGCGGAUUGAAGAGCUUCUCAUGGGAAAGGGUGGGAAUGUCCAACUGCCCAAGAACGAAAACGACUACUUAAUAAGGCAGUUACUAAAAAAUGUGAUCGAAAUUGUGAAACUGACUAACAGACUCUCCACAAAUUGUCUCUACGAGAGCAGAGUAGAUGUCAUGUCCAACGAUGAGCAAGUUAAGAAGCUUCAAAUCGAUUUACUAAGAACGGUGAAGGACUUGUUACUAUACAGCUCUAGUGAAAGAACAAAAAGUUCUCUUACGUGGGAGCUUGACGGUGAGCACUUUAUCCUAGGUAAUAAUUAUCAUAUCAUAUCGAACACGCUGGAUGAAAUCUUCACCAGGACGAAGGACUGCUUUCGAUUUUUUCAUCUUAAAGAUAAGGAGGCCUCAAUGUUGGCGUGUAAAAGUAGCAGAGUUGAGGAGAAUUUCCCCCCCGAGUUUGCUUCUUCCUCAAGGGAGUAUCUCCCCCAAAGGGAGGGAAGAGAGUCAGCAGAUAGUGAUUCAGAGGAGAAAGAAGAUGAAAAUCCGAAGGGGAGAACCAACCCAGAUAGUAACCAAAAGUAUAAGAGGAAUAAAGAUCCCAAUUUCCACGCCCAAACGGGUGAAGAGGAAGGAAGAGAUAACACCUUUCAGCUAAUCUUCCAGUCAAACAUCUUGCACAUUCAGAGCGAAUCGGACGAGAGUUCCACAGAGAAGACAAAUGAAAAAAAAACAAAAAAGGAAAUGAGCAAAAAUAGGAAAAGAAGGAGGCAAUCCAAGAGAAAAGGGAACAGUGAAGAGAACCCCCAAAUGAUGGAUAGUUUCUCCCCAUUUAGGAAUAGAUCGAAAAAAAUACAGUACGCCUGGUUACACCUGAUUAACAAUUAUGUUACCUUCUUCAUCCCCCGUCUAACUGUGAAGCAUAACAGACUUGCUGAUCUGGAGAGAUGCUUUCUCGAAGCAGUCAGGUGCCUGCAGAGCUACAUCCAGAAGAAGAGGAAAGUUCUUCAAUAUAGGGAACUUUUUAACGGCAAUAAGCUCAAGCAUAUAAGUCGUGGGGAUAUUCUCGAAGAGAUAUUUCAAGAGGACGAGCUGGGAGACGCAUCUGGGGGCACGAUGGAAGAGGUGAAGACAUCCCACUCGUGCAGCAGCUCGGGGGACUCCUCGGAAGAGCUUACUGUCCCCCCAGAACGGCUUACCUCCCCCCCGGAUGAGGAUUUUUUUUGGAAGAUGCUAAAAAGGCUAGAUAAGGAUAUAAAUAAGUAUGGCCCCAAAUUUAGCAAGCUGGGCCAUCCGUACAGUUACGAAAUAAAUGACAUGAUUAAUCGGUAUCACGAAUGGGAUGAAAGUGUGUCUCCCUUCGUGAAAAUAACCCCUCAACUGCACAAACCGGUGCCGUUAAGCGAGAAGGAGUGCAAAAUGAUUAGCACUGAAGGGGAUCUUCUCGAAAUGGUGCAUACUAUUAAAGAAAUGUGUACUAAAGUGUCCCUCUCCCUUGUGGUGAAUUAUAAGAACACCUACCGAGGUUUCACGUCCCUAAUUCUAGUGGGAACACAACAGUGCGAUUACAUCAUUGAUGCACUGAACAUGUUUGAGAAGAUGCAUGAGCUGAACGAGGUUACUACAGAUCCGAAUAUCCUCAAAAUUGUGUACAAGUCGAAAAAUGUCAUACCAGUAAUGCAGAAGGAUUUCUCGAUCUACUUUGUUAACAUUAUUGACAUUUCUGUUUGUUCGGAUUUUCUGAACGUGAGAAACUCCUUACCCUAUCUAGUGCACAAUUACUUCCAUGUCAGUGUCAAUUCUCCUGGUCAUGGAUUAAAUGCUCUCACAAGACCGUUGUCUCCUGACUUGGUUCAUAAUUUGAGGAUGCCUUUCCACUAUCUGUACUACCUCUUCGAGUACGUCAAAACGGAUUUGUAUUUCAACUACAUAUUUGCGCAAUACCGGCGGGGGGGAGGCGAAUGUAACAUGGGCGAGAUGGACAAGAAGGACGAGAAGGACGCGAGGGGUGCGAUGGAUGAGAUGGACUCGAUAGACCCCCUGGACGCGAUGGACACGCUGCAACGGCUGCUCGAUCAAGACGGUCCCCCCCGAAGCAACGUGUACGUACACUUCGAAAAUAUAAAAUUCGAAGAUGCAUCGGAAGAGGAACAAAAAUAUGGAGAAGAAAUUAUCAGGAAGGUAUUCAGAGAGAGCAAUAAGAUGUGCCUUCUGGAGUAUAAGGUAAAAGACGUGUGUGAUGUGGAAAAGACAAAAGAAAAAAUCAAAAAGAUUAUAAAAACGUCCUAUUAUCACUACACCAGUUGUGAUCCCUUAAUAGAAAAUAUAUUAGUGUGGAGAGAAAAGCUAGCCAAGAAAAAUGACGAAUCUCCGGAUAGCAUAAUUAACAUCCACACCAUAAUUUCCAUUAUUCUAAAUAUGCCUACUUCGAUUUCAAGCUUAAAGAAUAAUAUCAUUCCCAUGUCUAAUCACAUUUCCGAAAAUCUGGAGACACUCUUUGAGAUAAUUAUCAAAUCGAAUAUGAAAAAAAAAACCAAUCCACAAUUUUAUCGAAAUUUUAUUCAAAAUGAGAAGGCGAACAUUUGUGACUGCAACAGUGAACAGGAAUUCAAUUCCGUGGAACGCCCCUUCCCUAGGGAGGCACAAAGAGGCGUAGGUGGAGAGCAGGUGGAGGGGGCAGACGAAGCGAAGGGAGUCCUCAUUGCCCCCCCCAGGAUGCACUUUCAGAGCAUUUCGGAGGGGGCCCCACGUGAGGCGCAUCCUCCCAAUGGUGGUGAAGACGGCGAUGACGAUAGCAAUGGUGUUGGUGAUAGGGAUGGCGAUGACGUUGCCAAUGGUGUUGGUGAUAGGGAUGGCGAUGACGUUGCCAAUGGUGUUGGUGAUAGGGAUGGCGAUGACGUUGGCAAUGACGUUGGCGAUGACCCUUGCUCUGCCCCACGUAGACCCUGCGAUGGAUGCGGUAACGAAAAGGAGGCGAGCGCAGAGGGAGAAGCCCCCACAGUCAGUGCGACUGAUCAGACCUUCACCCUGGAAAGAACAUUCUUUGGUAACGACGAAAAUGACGAGGAGCCCAGCAAGGAACGUAAAACCCCUGUCAGCAAAGACGGGAAAUAUGAAAACUACGCUUUGCUGUCGUCCCUACUUAGCUACGUCAAAGAGAAGAACCAGAAAAGGUGUAAAACUUCUGAGCAUCGAGAGAAGGAAGAAAAUGUGAAGACGGAAGAAGACGGGGUACAAAUGGAGAAGCAGAGGACCACUUACCAAAGUGUGAAAACGCAACUACCCCACGACGUUGCUAACAACCCUUGUGGCAAAAAAAAAAUUAAACAAAUACAACACCAGUCGUACAACCAGCAGUAUAACAUAAAGAAAAGAAAGGGGCUGUACUCUCAAAAUAUUUUAAGCGAAAUGAACAAAAAGUGGAAUGGCUAA